AUGAGCAAAGAGACGCUCGUAGCGACGCUGGCCCGUCAGAUGGACCGCAUCGCGCGCCACUCGGACCACUGGCAGGAGCGCAUGGCGGCGCUCCACGAGAUGCAGCGCGCGUUCGAGCAGCUCGAGCACAGUACCUCUGCGGACGCUGUGGCUGCCGCUCUGAGCACAGACGUGUGGAAGACGCUGCGGCCGCUCAAGGGACUGGUCCAAGACUUGCGGUCGCAGAUCGUCAAAGAGGUCUGUGCGCUGCUCACGACCGUCUCGCGGGUCACGCGGGACGCCAUGGCGCCGUUCCUGCGGGACGUGCUGCCCACGCUCGUCGAAGUGCGCGGCAGCGGCAACAAAGUCUGUGGCUCGUACUGCAGCGAGUGCCUCGAGGCCAUUGUGGCGCACACGGUCGUCAAGGGCGCGACGCUGCGGCUCUUUGUCGACCUUUUGCUCGCGAGCAAGAACAAACUCGUUCGGCUGUGCUGCAUCUCGUGUCUCCUUCGCGCUCUUGUCACGUGGAGCGCGUUGCUGGACAAGGGCGACGUGCAGCAGCUGGAAAAAGGGCUGCAGCACGCCUUGUACGACGCCAGCGCGUCGUGUCGCGCGCAGGCGCACGAGCUGUUCCUGGCGUUCCAGAAAGCGUUCCCCAAGCGGGCACAAGUUGUCAUGAGCAUGGUCGACUACAAGGUCCUGAAACGACUCGAGGCGCUCUUGUUGUCGGACGUGGGGGAGUCCAUGAGAGGCGCGGGCACGGCGUCCAAUGCCAGUGUGGAUGAAGACCUGACGGUCGGACUGCAAGUGCGAACGUCGACAGGUUCGAUCGUGGAACUUGGCGAUCGUGUGUGCAUUUCCGAUCGAGAGCUCUUUGGGUUUGUGCGCUAUCUGGGCGAAAUCACGGGGGCCAAAGGAACGUGGGUGGGCAUUGAGCUGGACGAAGCCCAUGGCAAGAACGACGGCAGCGUGAAAGGAAGGCACUACUUUCGCUGUGAACCAAAGCACGGCGUCUUUGCACGUCCACAUCAAGUGUUCUUGACAAUGUCAGGGGCCAAGUUCCAUGAACACCAGAUCCAGCAGCAAGAGCAGCAGAUCGAGCAGGUUGAAAACGGGGACCAGUCUGCUCACAUGGAUUCAGCGAGUGCUGCAGUGCUCGAAGGUGAGGCAGGAAGCGAUGACGGAGGCGCGAGACAGCCUGCAACACCAGAGGCAGUGACAGCGCCAUUCCAGAGCGCUCUGUCACCGGAGCCUGUGCCUCCUCUGGCCUUGAACCCGCUCGCUUCAACUGAUGCAUCGGAGCCCUCCAAGCUGGGUUUGGUACUCAAGCAGGCUUCCGUGGCACACCGGCGGUACUUGAAUCGCCUGCUCAUGUACGUCCGCGCAGAGCUGGUGGAACACGAGCGCUUUGAGAAUUGCGGGGCAACUGCUAGCUCGGCCGAUGCGGUCCAGUACCUCCAGCAACUUCAGAACAGCGCUCAAGACACAAUCCUUCUCACUGAUGAGUUUCGACAGCAAGUCAUUCACGCCCAACAAGCUGCGCGGGAGUCAUAA